ACAAAUAAAAGAACCAGAGAAAAACGUAAAUGUACAAUAGAAAAACAAGGAUAACGAGCAAAAACUGAAAGAGUCUGUUCAAAAAAUUUAAAAACUACACGGAUAAGACCUGCAACUUGCAAGCCAAGUCCUCUGUCAAACAAGCCAACCACGCUUCUCAGAUUUUAGGGUUUGAGUUUCAAGGGAUAAAAAUCUCUACUUGGUGAAACCCUAAUUUGGGGCUGAGAAUCUUUGAAUUAGGGUUGCUCGUUUUCUUAGAUUUUCUUUGUCACUUAAAGAGAUGGGCAGUGGUGAGGGAACAAGCAUUGGUGAAAGCACAUGUGAGGGAGUUCAGUACUUGAAAAGUGAAGCAGUGAAUACUGGUUUUGGAAAUAGGAUUGGCAAUGAUAGCGGUAAUGGUGGCUCCGGGCCCAUUGAGGGUUUUCGAACUUACAAGAGGCGGAAGCACAUAAAGUCGAGUUCAGAAAGUAAAGGUCAAGAGGAUGGGAGAGGUUCAAUGGAAGCUGCUAGUAAAUUGGCAGAUGAGACCACAAAAGAGCCGCCAGAUUGUCCUCUUAAGGAUCAUGCUUCCUUGGAUGGUCCAAAUGAUCUUUCACACAAGCAGUUCAGAAAUUUUUUUCUUGAACGCAUUUGUGAGUCAUUAAAUGAUGAACAGGGUGGUAUACAGGGGUGCAUCCAAGAUGCACUUAAGAUGACAGUUAAGGAAUCUGAUACUUUUGACAAAGAUAAACACAAGUGCUACUCCCAAGCAGGGUGGAUGCCUAAUGGAACUCACUGUACAGCCAAAGGACUUGUGGAUUUCACAUCUAAUGAAACUUCGGAUGAAUCUCAUCGUCCUGUCACUGAGAUGUGCCGACAUGCUUUAGUUAACAUUUUACUUUCUGAAAAUUUCACCUUAUUGUGUAAGCUACUCUGCGAAAAUUUCCAAGAAGUGAAGGCUGACAACCUUAUAAGCUUAAGCCUCAUAAACAUAAGGAUGAAAGAUGGAGUUUAUGAGCGCUCACCUUUUCUUUUUUGUACAGAUAUUCAACGGGUAUGGAGAAAGUUUCAAGGAAUUGGUCUUGAGUUGAUGUCUCUUGGAAAGAGUCUCUCAGAUUUGUCUUUGACUUGCUUUAAUGAACAGUUCCGCAACCCAGAAUCUUAUUUUCAUGGUAAAUUGGAGCAAUUCUGCACAUGCCGGCAUUGUGGGGGCAAAGCAGAUGGGAGGGAUUGUUUAGUAUGUGAUUCAUGUGAGGAAAUGUACCAUGUAUCCUGUAUUCAACCUGCUGUCAAAGAGAUUCCACUAAAAAGUUGGUACUGUGCAAGCUGCACUGCAGUAGGAAUGGGAUCUCCUCAUGAGAAUUGUGUGGUGUGCAAGAGGCUGAAUGCCCCCAGGGCCCUAUGUAAUGACACUGAUGAUGAAAUGAAAUAUGCAACAAUUGAAAGAACAUUCAGCAAGUUUGAAGAGACUUCAAAUUGCUCUAGGGAUGAUUUUCGUCAACCGCCAGUGGGUAAUAAGAGCUCAUGUGUCUGUAAAAUAUGUGGAAGUGAGGUGGAAAAUGGUGAAAAGGUGAAGAUAUGUGAGCACAAUGGAUGCCCUUACAAGUAUUACCAUGUGAGGUGCCUGACCACUAACCUUUUAAAAUCCUAUGGUCCUCGUUGGUAUUGCUCUUCUUGUCUAUGUAGAGUUUGCCUUCUUGAUAGAGAUGAUCAUCAGAUUGUUUUAUGUGAUGGUUGUGAUCAUGCAUUUCACCUGUAUUGUUUGAAUCCACCACGCACUUCUGUGCCAAGAGGGAAGUGGUUCUGCAGACAAUGUGAUGUGAAAAUCAAGGAAAUACGCAGGGUAAAGAAGGCAUAUGAGAAACAAGGAAAUAGAAUGAAAAGGAAAGACGAAAUGGGCAGAAGUGCAUGUGAGAAUCUUGGGAAGAAACUGGAUGUGAACUGUGAUCAGGAAUCAGAUAAAGAUAGGGAACCAAUGGAAAUGCUUGUAAAAGCAGCUCUAAAUUUUGAAGAAAAAAUGCCUGGCAUUAGAAAUACAUGACAUUUCAGGAGGGAAGAAGAAUAAAAAAUUCAUUGGUUUUUGUCGAGAAAAAAAAAAAAGAUUUUGAUGUUGUACAAGGAACUGUCGCCAAGAUUUUUGUUUUUGCCACAGUAUGGAUGACUAAUCUUUUGUUAGGCUGUAAAAUUUUUGCUGACAUUUGGAUGCAUGAUUCAGUGCAAGGCAAGAUUCUGACGGCUUGUAUAUUUGCUAGUUGGCAAUUCCAAACACAUGACAUUAGUUUAAGGAUCAGGGAAUCAUUAGAUCUGUUUGCUGGGAGCAAUCAUUUGGACAACAAUGGGUGCUCCAUAUUCUGCAGGAGUUUCAACUGAAUAUAUUACUUAUUUUUGAAGGCAUUAGCAGAGGCUGAUGUUUCUCAGCGAUGUUGUAAAAUGGAUAAACUGUCCUAACAUGUUUAUAGUGAAAGUGAAAGGAUGUUUUUACAUUUGUUAUCUAUUUUUUCUUUAUUAUUC